AUGGGUGGAGCUAAAGGAAGGUAUCAUCAAUCAGGAGACUUCAUUAUUGGUGGCAUUGCUAGUCAUGGCGGUUUCAUCUCUACUCCAACAUCCUUCAAUGAAGAACCUCCACCAGACUUGACUGAAGAACUUGUCAUAAUGCCAAAGAAUUACCAGCAUCUCGUGGCCUUUGCAUUUGCAGUAAAAGAGAUCAAUGAAAACCCUCAAAUAUUACCCAAUCUCACUUUGGGCUUCCGUAUCUAUGACAGCUAUGACAAUGCAAGGAGAACCUAUCAUGCAACCAUGUUACUCCUAUCACUAGUGGAGAGAUUGGUGCCCAACUACAUAUGUGACACCCGGAAUAAUCUAAUUGCAGUAGUUGGGGGACUGGACUCAGAAAUCUCUCUUCACAUAGCAAAUAUCUUGGAUAUCUAUAAGAUUCCGCAGCUCCAUCAGUUUCUUAGAGUUGUCUCAUUUAACAACAAUGCUCAGAAUGAGGUUUUCUUUAAGGAGAAUGGAGAGAUAGUAGCUGGAUUGGAUGUUAUUAAUUUGAUUUUUUUCUCCAAUGAAUCUUUUCUCCGAGUGAAAGUAGGAGGGAUGGAUCUUCAGGAUUCUCCAGGCCAAGCCCUCACCAUUGAUGAGGAUGCCAUCACAUGGCAAAGAUGGUUUAACCAGACAAGACCACUAUCUAUAUGUAGUGAGAGUUGCCAUCCUGGUUCCAGCAAGAAAGUGAAGGAGGGGAAACCACACUGCUGCUAUGAUUGCAUCCCAUGUCCAGAAGGGAAGAUUUCAAACAAAGAGGAUAUGAGUGACUGUAACUCAUGCUCAGCCAAAGACUAUCCAAGCAAGAAUCGGGAUUUCUGUAUCCCCAAAAUGGUAACCUUCUUGUCUUAUGAAGAACCUCUGGGUGUCAGUUUAGCUUUCUUUGCUCUUUUUUUUUCUUUGAUCAUAGCUGUGGUACUGAGAACAUUUAUGAAGCACAACAACACUCCUAUAGUCAAAGCCAACAACCAGAACCUCACCUAUACUCUCCUCAUCUCUCUUCUCCUCUGCUUCCUUUGCACAUUGCUAUUCAUUGGCCAACCUCAGAAGAUGACUUGUCUCCUUCGACAAACGACCUUUGCCUUCAUCUUCUCAGUGGCUGUCUCUUCUGUACUAGCAAAAACCAUCAUGGUAGUUCUGGCUUUCAUGGCCACCAAACCAGGAUCCAGGAUGAGGAUGUGGUUGGGGAAGGAGCAGGCCAUCUCCAUUGUUCUUUCCUGCUCCUUUAUCCAAGCAAGUAUCUGCAUUGUUUGGCUGGGAACCUCUCCCCCAUUCCCAGAUACUGACAUGAACUCAGUUGCUGAAGAAAUUCUGCUGGAGUGUAAUGAGGGUUCUGUGACGAUGUUUUACUGUGCCUUGGGCUACAUGGGCUUGUUGGCAGUUAUCAGUUUCACUGUGGCCUUCCUCUCCAGGAAGUUACCUGGCAGUUUCAAUGAGGCCAAGUUCAUCACUUUCAGCAUGUUGGUCUUUUGCAGUGUUUGGUUAACUUUUAUUCCCUCCUACCUAAGCACCAAAGGUAAAUACAUGGUAGCUGUGGAGAUCUUCUCUAUCUUAGCCUCCAGUGCUGGAUUGCUUGGUUGCAUCUUCUUCCCCAAAUGUUACAUUAUUGUGUUGAGGCCUGAGCUAAACAAUAGGGGACAGCUAAUGAGAAAAUAUUGA